GAAGGAGCAUGUGACCAGUGACGUCACUGACCUCCCUCUAACAGCUCCGUUCUAGCAUCUACCCUCGGUGACGUAAUGUGACUCUGAGAUAUGUGGUGGUGAUAAGUGGGGUUCAGGUUCCUACAAUAUAGGAUUCGCUCAGCGUAUAUCUCCUAUAUAAGAUCGUUCUCCUGAUUGACCCAUCAAGGAUGGAUAUGGAUGUGGACAAGAUGGCAGAGAGUAUAAUAAAUCUCACCCUAGAGAUCCUCCUCCGGCUUACUGCAGAGGAAUACACAGUAGUGAAGAAGACCUCUAGUGAGCAUUGUCAGGCCCCGGUAUCUGAAGGACGGGGAGGAAUCCUGAGCCCAAUAUCCAGGCCGACACCUCACAUCCCGAUACAUGAGAAAGUCAACAGAGAGAAGAUCCUAGAGAUCACCAACAAGAUCAUUGAGCUGCUGACUGGAGAGGUUCCUGUAAGGUGUCAGGAUGUCGCCGUCUAUUUCUCCAUGGAGGAGUCUGAGUAUUUAGAAGGACACAAAGAUCUGUACAAGAACAUUAUGAUGGAGGAUCACCAGCCACCAAGUAAAAGACAUGACUAAAUACACACAUCCUCUCACUAGUUAUAUGUAAGAAAUUAAUUGUCACCGUUUGUUUUUCCUACAGUUAAAGAAGAGAGAACAACUCCCAGUCCUCUUCUUCUACAGGAUGGUUCAGAAGAACAUCAAAGCAUUCCAUAUGAUGAUCAGAUAGAUGGAAAUAAGCUUUUAAAUCUGGAUAAAGAUCUGAACAAUAUUAAGGCUGAAGAUACAUAUGUGAGGAGUGAUGAGCAGAUCAUAGAGGACAUUCCCACCGAUAACCACCCAGAUUUAUUGGCAGAUAACUGUACCAGGAGCUCAGAAAAACACGUGAUGGCAGAUUUUAGAACAGAUGAUUGUGGUGUCACAGAAGAUACACAUGAAGAGCAUGCCAUUAUCUCAGAUGUACCCUCAGCAGUUCACAGCAAAGGUCUAUUAUCUGAUCCUUUGGAUGGAUUUCAAUCUUCUGAUUCAUCACAGACUGUUAAGCAAAAUAAAAACCACAGAAGAAGUGUUCACCAUCAGAGAAUUCACACAGGGGAGAAGCCAAUUUCUUGUUUAGAAUGUGGGAAAUGUUUUACUGAUAAAUCAACUCUUGUUAGACAUCAAAGAAUUCACACAGGGGAGAAGCCAUUUUCUUGUCUAGAAUGUGGGAAAUCUUUCUCACAGAAAUCAUAUCUUACUAUACAUCAGAGAUAUCACACAGGGGAUAAACCAUUUUCUUGUUUAGAAUGUGGGAAAUCUUUCCCAUGCAAAUCAUAUCUUGCUGUACAUCAGAGAAUUCACACAGGGGAGAAGCUAUUUUCUUGUUUAGAAUGUGGGAAAUGUUUUACUGAUAAAUCAAUUCUUGUUAGACAUCAGAGAAUUCACAAAGGGGAGAAGGUAUUUUCUUGUUCAGAAUGUGGGAAAUGUUUUACUGAUAAAUCAACUCUUGUUAGACAUCAGAGAAUACACACAGGGGAGAAGCCAUUUUCGUGUUUAGAAUGUGGGAGAUCUUUCAUAAACAAAUCAAAGCUAGUUGCACAUCAGAGAAUUCACACAGGGGAGAAGACAUUUUCUUGUUUAGAAUGUGGGAAAUCUUUCAUAAAUAAAUCAAGUCUAGUUGCACAUCAGAGAAUUCACACAGGGGAGAAGCUAUUUUCUUGUUUAGAAUGUGGGAAAUCUUUCAUAAAUAAAUCAAAUCUAGUUGCACAUGAGAGAAUUCACACAGGGGAGAAGCUAUUUCCUUGUUUAGAAUGUGGGAAAUGUUUUACUGUUAAAACAACUCUUGUUAGACAUCAGAGAAUUCACACAGGGGAGAAGCCAUUUUCUUGUUUAGAAUGUGGGAAAUCUUUCAUAAAUAAAUCAAAUCUAGUUGCACAUCAGAGAAUUCACACAGGGGAGAAGCCAUUUUCUUGUUUAGAAUGUGGGAAAUCUUUCAUAAAUAAAUCAAAUCUAGUUGUACAUGAGAGAAUUCACACAGGGGAGAAGCUAUUUUCUUGUUUAGAAUGUGGGAAAUGUUUAACUGAUAAAUCAACUCUUGUUAGACAUCAGAGAAUUCACACAGAGGACAGGCCAUUUUCAUGUUCAGAAUGUGAUAAACAUUUUAACACUAAAUCACAUCUUGUUAGACAUCAGAGAAUUCAUACAGGGGAGAAGCCAUUUUCUUGUUUGCAAUGUGGGAAAUCUUUCCCACGGAAAUCAUAUCUUACUGUACAUCAGAGAUGUCACACAGGGGAGAAGCCAUUUUCUUGUUUAGAAUGUGGGAAAUCUUAUGCACAUAAAUCCUGUCUUGUUAUACAUGAGAGAAGUCACACAGGGGAGAAGCCAUAAUUUCCUUGUUUACAAUGUGGGAAAUCUUUCAUACAUAAAGCAAAUCUUGAUAAACAUCAGAGAAUUCACACUGGGAAGAAGUAAUUUUAAUGUUCAGAGUGUGAUAACUAGAGAUGAGCAAACUUUUGAAAAAUUCAAUUCUGCAGCUUGGUCAAAGUUCAACAAGAAAUUUGAUUUGUUCCGAAUUAAUUUGUCACGGAUCAAUAGGGUAAAACCCCAUUUAGCCUAUUAUACAAUGAGACCAUUUUUAACUGCCUUUGACUAAAGUGCACCCGUCUAACAGCCAUUAAACAUGGUAAUACACUCAUAUGCACAUAUGGCCUUUUGGAUAAAAAUAAAUAUCUCACCUAAUCUGUAAUGACCCGGAGUGCCAUUACCACUCAUUGGCACCUCACUACCAUUUCCUAUAGGCUAACAUAAAUGUAAUCUAAUGCAGUAGUGUACUUAUCUUCACCAUGUGCAUAUGUAUUUCCUGUAGCUGUUAAAUGUUCAUGUAAUUACCUGGUCUGCCAGCAGGUGGAAGCAAACACUUGGCAGUGCUAGUUGCAGGGAAUGGACUGGAUUGUCCAUUCUCUCCCUCCCUCUAGAGGGAGAAGGAGAGGAGGAGUUUAGCUAGUUAGCAGGCAGUCUAGCUUUCCCCCUCCUGGGGAGAGGUUGUGUGAGGAGCCUGAGAAACCCCCUCCUAGGGGAAGGCAGCAGGCAUAGUCCUGUCUGGACAGUUCUGUUUGUCCUAGCCAACCUUAUCACUGGAGGUUGUGCAUAUUGGUUGCAUGUCCCCUCCUGGGCUUGUAUUGCCGAAAACCAAGCUAGAGCUUGAGGUAUUGACAGCCAGGACAGAGUUUCCUAGGAUAAUCUAUAGUAAGAAACUCACAUGGCUGAGCUAAGAGAGCUACAAAGAGGAUACAGCAGAGAGGAGUUUGUUGCAGAGAAAGUAUUUGCCUGCCAUUCGCCUGAUUAAACCUAUUGGAAACCAAGAUAAGUCUGGAAACUGUUUGGAUUACAGUUUAUUAGAAGUAAAGCAACUGUUUAACGUUUGACCAAG